CAAGCACGUUCUUGCGAUGACAGAUCUUGAGUGAAAGUGAAUAGAAGCUGGUCGUAUAGGAAAAAACUCAAGCCUGGUCGUACAACAAUUUCUUCGUUGCAGAAUAAUUGUUUCGUUGAAAAUGUCCCCCGCUCCUGUUCCGUACGACCUGCUUGCACUGGGCACGACCAAACUGGUCGUCGCCGACAACAGCGAAAGCGAUACAGCAAGCCAACCGCAGUCUUUCCUGCGCUUUUCCACAAAAUUAGAAUGGGAGGAGACGUAUCAACUGUAAAAAUGUCUGGGUCUGGAAGAAUCCAACUUGUCAUGCUGAUUUUAGAUUCUAAAAAAAUCUGUAUUGCAUGAGCAGCAAAGAGAGCCCAAGUUUUGCUACACGGAAAGAGCAUUUGUCAUGCGGUAUAGGCAUCAGGAAGCCCUCACAAAAUCUGUGAUGCUAGGGCAUGCAUCACAGACAUCAGGAGUCAUGCAAAAUGUGCAUGACAAACCUGGCACUCUUCCAGACCCAGACAUUUUUACAUUUGAUAAGACGGGCUUAGUCAGCGCCUGUUGGCUGGAGGACGAGCACAGUACUACUUACUGCUACCGGAUUAUCCCACAGAAAAAGACCGACAGGUCAUAUUUGUAAUGCAAAAAUAAAUACACAGGAAAAUCUGUCAUGGGCGAGGCCAUAGCAUCCUGUUUAGGGCAUGCAAUACAGAUUUUUUUGUCUAUUUAUUUUUGCAUUACAAAUAUGACCUGUCGGUCUUUUUCUGGGGGAUACGGAUGAAUUUUAUUUCUCCUCGGCUGCGGAUCAGAAGCUUUUCAAUGUCUUAUUCACGGUAUAAAUGUACUUGAAAAGAUAGAUUACCGCAUAUUGCGUGCAAAGAAAGGUCCUGCAGGUAGUACGAUGACAAGCCGCAAACUAUGCAAGAGUCCAUAAUCCUAACAAACAAAACAGGUCACCUCGUCGUCGCGGCCACCUCCUCGCAACUCACCGUUCUUGACGCCAAGGAUCGGUCCGUAGUCACCCAGGACGCAUUCGAGGACUUCCAGUUUCGGUCUCUCACCCCCUACCGAAGCGAGCAGUUUCUGACCGCCAGCGACCGGGGUCUGCAUCUCUGGGAGGCGGUGGGGGAAGUAAAAAAUCAUGAGCACGGAAACUUUGGAAACAACCUCGACUACCUGACGGACAUCUUCGAAACCACCGCAAAUGGGGGCUUCGAUUUGGCCUGCGUGUCGAGCAACCAAGAGAAAACCAUUGCGACGAGCACGAGGAGGAACGGGAAAGUGUGGUUAUCGGGUAGUAGUUCAUCCGCAACAUCAUCGUCGAGAGAUCCCACUGGCGCCACUUUCGCUGGCGGAGGCUUUUUCCUCGAGCCUUAUGGCGUAGCUGCGGGGCCUUCACAAGGUACUACUGCUUCGACCCCGGUAGUCGACACGCUGACUUUCGCGCAGAAAAAGGACUUGCUUGCGGUGGCGUGGCAGAAUUGUUCCGGAAAAAUGCUUGGACAGUCUUCACAGCCUUCCUCAGCUUCUACCUCAUCCACCCGCACAGCGGUUUUUGACGUCACAACGGGGAAAUGUGUCUACGAAACGAGUAACGAUCAUCUCCAAACCAGUACAAUAAACCCAAAAAGCAACUACAUCAACCGGAACAACAACAGCAACAACAAAAGCACGUUUCUCUCUUUCUCCCCCCACCACUCAGAUCUGCUCAUUUCCGCCCAUGCGAACGGGGUGAUACAGUUCACUGACAUUAAGUAUCGCAAGAAAAAAGUGUUACAGUUACACAUUGUGUUGCAGGCCACGCAAGACAGACAAGUUCUGUCAUGCCGGAUAUGCCUAGGAGCCUCGUUUACUAUGUAUUUUCUCGUAGGAUUUCUGCAUUACAAGUUUUCUCUCUCAUGCUGAGAAAUUUGUGUUGCUUAAUUCACUACAAGUGUGGAUCUGUAACACUUUUUUCGUGGGAUAUCAAGGUCGGCAGUUCUAGUACGCAGUCCUCUUCUAAUAGUAAAUCUGAAAUCAUAAAGUCCUUGAACACGAAGCAGAAACUCACCUCGCUCUCUUACUGCAACGACGGCAUCCGCUUGGCGCUCGGGACGGAAGACAAGGGAUUACUGCUUUUCGACUUGAGGAAAGCCAGCGAUCCCGUGUUCCCGAAGGUUCUUAUGGAGGAGCCGGUGCGGUUUGUAAAGUGGAGCGGGAGUUUUAAUUUCGGUGCAGGGAAAAGUCGUAACGAGGCAGCGAGCACGUCGCAGCGGGCUCCCGCUCCUGCUCGCGAUGAACAGGAUGCGAGCAUUGCGGGGAAUUCGCCGAAUCACCGGGAACGGAAUUACUAUGCGCGCGGAGGACAGCAUCAGCAGCCGCGACAGCAAGAUUCAGAUUCUACUGCAGCGGUGGUCCCCAACUCCAACAAUAGAACUACCAAUGCAUCCCGGCCUGUGAUAGCCGAAGUGGCCGCCACAGCGGCUCGGCCGCAGCAGCAGUUUUACCAGCACCACCCCCCACCGCGGACGAACAACUUUAUUCGGGACCAGGUGCUCAGUGAGGCUUUUGCCAGUCGUGGAGAGCAACACAAACAGUAUCAGCAGCAGCACGCCAAUGAGACAGCUGACUUUCCCGAAAUCGAUGAAACCUUUCCCGAGUAUGAGCCGCCGAACCGACAAGAUUUUCUCGACGACGACAACCCACUGCAGCAAAAUUUCGACGAAGACAGCAAUUUCGCGGGCGGGCGGUCAACGAAUCAUUUGUUCCACAGCAACUUCCACUCCGUGAAGAGCGAUGCUAGCAGCCGCCCGGGGCCGCCACCGUUUAUCGGGGGAGCAGGUGCAGUAGGCUCGGGGAGCAGUAGCAGCAGUAGUACUGGCGCAGCCGCAGGACAUCAUUUGAACGUAAGCGCCCCGAUAUCCUGGACCAGCGCGAGUCGGAAGAACAGCGGGGGAGCUGGAAAUAUUGCGGUGGGCAGCAGUAGUGGUGGCGGUGGCACUCAACAGAGUACUUCUGGCGCUGGCGCGACAGGAAUAAAUGCGAGCUCUUCAACUGUCAACCAGGGCGCGGGGAGCAAUACUGUCAAUAAGGAAAGAACUUUUUCUGGAGGAGGUCGAGGUAGGGAACACUUGAAUGAUAACCACAACCGCGUCCUCUCCUGUUCCAGAGCAUCUCCAAAUAGCAGCAAAGUGAACAUUCCACCAGGAAACGCGAAUGCCGCAAGUAGUUCAUCCGGCAGUUCAUCCGGCGGUGGAGCGAUGAGCAUUUCGCAGGAACGCCUGGAGCAGGCGUUUGCAGCCCAGCUGCAGAAGAUAUGGCGUUCUCAAAUGUUACAUUCUGAACUGUUACAUGAAUUUGUAAUGCAAGAAUGGCAAAAGUGCAAGGGGCAAGAUUUCGCUUUUUGCAUCACAGGUUUGACACAGAUUUAGAUGCUGUGUAGCCCUUCGGAAAUUUGUCAUGCGAAGCACCUUGAUGAUGUAGAUACUGAUGAGAGUUUUGCAUGACAAAUCAUGUAACAGUUGAGAAUGUAACAUUUGAGAACUCCAUAGAAGAUGGAGGAGAGAUUUGAGGAGAGGCUGACAAGACAGCAGCGUCAUAUCAAAUGUAAAAAAGUCUGGGUCUGGAAGAUUCUGACACUUGUCAUGCACGUUUUGCAUGAGCCAUGAUGUCUGUGAUGCAUACCCUAGCAAUACAGAUUUCUUGAGGGCUUCUUGAUGCCUAUUCCGCAUGAGAAAUGCCUUCUCAGUGUAGCAAAAAUUGCAUUCCCUUUGGUACUCAUGCAAUACAGAUUUUUUUGGAAUCCAAAUGCAGCAUCACAAGUUGCAUUCUUCCAGACCCAGACAUUUUUACAUUUGAUACGUCAUUUUGACGAGCAACUGCAGCGGCUGGGGUUUGAUAUAGCGCGGCAAUUUCACGAACUCGAGUGUGGGGUGUUGUCCAGGACAUAGUCAGAAGUAAAAAGAUGUCUGGAAGAAGAAUGAAUUUGAAGUGGACUUCAUCGAUACUAACACGUAUCAGCGAAGCAGUGCCAACAAGUCAAUGAAUGACUGCCCAGAGAGUGCCGUUCUUUCCUGGCUACCGCAAGGAAAAAAAGCCGCGUUUUGUGGUAUCCGGGUAGACCAGGGCCCCUGCUCA